AUAAAAAUGAAUUUUAAAUAUUAUUUUAAAUUAAUUUUUAUAUUUUUAAUUUAAUGUGUUAAAAAAUGUAAAAUAUUAAGCCAACUCAAAUUAUAAACUUUAGUUUCAUAUAAAAUCCUAAUAUUAACAAUAAUGGAGGAAAUUAAACAGGCUAGGAGUAAGGAUAAACAAGAACAGAAAUAUACCUCUGUUCAGAGGUCCAUGGAUAUCUUUAUUAGGUUAACUAACCUUUCUAUGGAGUGGAACAUGUGUUGUUUUGUAGGAACAUUCGUUUCCAAUUCAGAACGGGAAAAGUACUGGGAUAAUAUGCACAAGAAAAUGGCUCAAUCAAUCCUAGAUAACAUUAAAACCCUUAAAGGAUGCUGGGUUAAACUUGGCCAAUUUUUGAGCACUAAGUCAGGCUUCCUACCGAGAUAUUACUUGGAAGCACUUUCACAAUUACAAGAUGUCAUGCCUAAUAGUGAUUUUUCAGAGAUUAUAGAUACAAUAGAGGAGGAUUUGGGGUAUAUGGACGACAUUUACUCAAGUUUCGAUUCAAUUCCAAUAGCAAGUGCAUCGAUAGCUCAAGUCCAUAAAGGACGGUUAGCUGACGGAUCUCUAGUGGCAGUUAAGGUCCAACACAAAUCUAGUGAACAGAACAUGUUAAAUGAUAUAGAAAUCCUCAAGAUGAUCGCCUCGUUAAUGAAUUCUGCUGGAAUAUACCCCUACAUCAGAGACUAUUUCGAAGAGUAUGCAUCAUAUGCCGCUAAGGAACUAGAUUUUGUUGUUGAGACUGCAAAUAUACAGUACUCACAUGUGGAUGUGUAUAGAUCUAAAGUUCCAGUUAAGGUCCCCAAACUGUAUUCAGAUUACUGUUCACGUCAUGUUAUAACAAUGGAGUUCUAUGAUUUGUACAAGUUCACAGAUAAAGAGUUUGUCGAAAAACACAACGUCAACAUGAUGCAAAUGAUAUAUGAUCUUCACGACUUUGCAUUUUUCCAGACCAUGUCCUGCGGAAGGUUCCAUUCUGACCCACACCCAGGAAACCUACAACUCACAUAUGACCAAAAGGACAAGAAAGUGUACCCUGUGUUUCUCGACUGGGGAUUUACAACACACAUAGAUGAGGUUGAGCGGCUGGGAAUAUGUAAACUUUACAUAUCAGUUUACACGUUUGAUUUUCUCGGAUUAACAUCAGCCUUGCUUGAAAGCGGGUUUACCCUACUGAACAUGUAUCCAUUUCGCUACGAUUUACUCUUCAAUUCCCUUAUUUCUAUCCUCCUGUCAUCCCAUAGAACGACUUUUGGAGCCAAGAUGUCUUCCAAUAUUGUUAAUGAUCUUAAGCAGGCUCAGGCCAGGGUUCACAAGCUAAUUCAAGAGUUUUUGACGCUAUACUUCGAGAAGGCACCUAACUACGUCCCACUUUCAUUCAAGGUGAUGGCAGAAUAUCUUUCACUUUCAAGAACUGUAGACUCAUUUGCUCCAUUUCUACAUCUCAUAUACAAGAAUGCUUCAUUUGCAAUGUAUUCUGUUUAUGACUCUCCACUAAAUUAUUACUAUGGAGCACUCGGUUUCCCACUGCUACAGAAUAAACUUAACGUACUAAAACACAAACUUCUAAAGAUGGGAGUCCACUAUACAUUUUAUGAACUCCUGGAAAAGCUGUCGAACGACUCUCUUGUUAGGAAUAAGAACUUUAGGAUAUUUUCAGAACUCAUUUUAAUUAAUAGCAAGAACCUGCUUGAAUCAAGGAUAGCAGAUUUACUGAGGCAUUUGUAUCAAGAUAACGACAAUUUAAUAUCGUUUCAAAUAGCAGUUAUUCACAACGGCUCAAUAGAUGUCGAACUCUCAUUUGGUAAUAUUCACAAGUAUGAAAAGAGACCGAUUUCAAACGAAUCCCUAUUCCCACUAUUUUCAAUCACCUCAGGGUUACUUUCUGUCGCAGUUUUACACUUAUCAUCACUCGGAAUGAUCGACUUGGAUGAUAGGGUUCACAACUACUGGCCUGAAUUUAAGAAUAAAAAAGAAUUUAUCACAGUUCGAGAUGUUCUCAACCACAAGUGUGGAGUUAUAUACAUUGAGUACCCGUUUUUUGAUCUGUUUACCUCACGGGAGAACAUGCUUUCUUGUAUAGAAAAUGCAGAGUUUUUAGACCACAGUGAAUCAGGUGCUGAUUACAUGUUCAUAAUCUAUGGGUUCAUCUUAUCUGAGAUUAUCACGAGGGUCACUCAAGUUCCAACUGAGCAGUUUGUUCUCAUGUUGGCAUCAAUGGUCGGCAUCGAUAACAAAAAUUUUCUUUUUCCAAACAUGGUUGACACUGAUGAGGACGAAUCUGACAGUGAAUCAAAUGAAGAUAACGAACAUACUGCUUCCGAGGAACCAAACCCUGCUAUCAAUUUCACCGACACUCUGAACGUUCUUUUCGAACAGAGUGUUUCGGUGUUUUGGAAAAACUUACCAACAUUCCAGUUGUUUAACACUGGCCAAAAGAAAUCCCCUGAACAUAGCGACUCAACUUCCAGUGAUGAUGGUAGCAUUGAAGAUGGGGAAGAAGAUAAAGGCCCACAAACUAAACAAUUUGCUUACCGCAACGAAGAAGAUGACUCAAAGUUUAGAUACUCAGACAGUUCUGACGUGGAAGAUAAACCAAAUUCAAACCCGAGAAAGGCUGAAGAUUCUAAGUACAUUGAUCUUAACAUCAAUUCACCUAAAUCUGGCUCGAGCUACUGCGAUUCAAGCGAUUCAGAUUCUGAUGACAACAGAAACAGAAAUGUUAAAUUUGUUUCACUGGACGACAACCGACUUGACAGUAAUUUGAGGACCCUCAACAUAACUAUUGAUGAAUACAGAAAGAAUUUGUCAUUUGAGUCUACAGUGAUUGACAUUCCCAGGGAUGAUAAAGGCGAAAUCGACUCAACUUACUACUGCUACUGCUAUAAGUAUGAUAAGGACUUCCCGGACGACGAAAUCAAACGCUGUUACGUUCCAACUAAGUACUGCCCUAUGGACAACAGAUUUGUGAAGCUUUUGAGAGCAUCCUCACUUGACAGUCUGUACCCAGCCUAUUCUAAGAUGAUGACACCACAACAGGAAGAGUACCCUGACACUGACUAUUGCAGUGUCAUUUUUACAGAAUCCCCUUCCGACUCAGAUUCUGAAGAUAUUUCUGAGCAAAUUGAACUGUCAUUCAGGAAAACAUUUGACCGACUCUCAUCCAUCAAGUGUGACUACGAGGACCCUAACUAUCGCAGCAUUAAUUUCACUGAGAUUAGGAAGUCUGAAAGCACCCAAGAUGACCCAAACCUCAACAAUGAACUUGAAAAUGCAUCCAAAAAUGACCAACUAUCAUCAAAUGUUAUUGGGAAGAUGGGUAAGAUGGUGAGAAUUCGUAAUAAAGUUUGUUUUACUGAAAACCCUCCAGUGCAUCCUACCGCUUUUACUUACCCCGACUUUGUUAGGUUUAACUGUCCUUUCAUUAACCCUGUUAACACAAACUAUCCUAAGUUUUACAAAAAUUCCGUUCCUUUUCUCAAUGCCCGGAGUAACUCUCUUUCCCUUUGUCUUUUCUACUACUCAAUUCUUUCAGGGUCACUCAUAUCUACAGAGUUGCUUGAUCAGGUCAUGCAACACAACAACGAGGACAAUUCCUUUCUAAAUCGCAUCUUUGCAGGAUUGUUUAAACCUACAUUUUCACUUGGGUUUCAAAAGUUUACGUUUCUGGACACUGAUAAUAAUGUUUACCAGGGCUUCGGCCAUUCUGACGUUUCAGGCUCAGUUGUUUUUGGAGUUCCCGGUUUAAAUCUGUGCAUUUCUAUUUUCGUCUCAAACUGUGCAAGACAACAUGUUCUUUUCAAGGUCCUCCAAUUUAUUUUGAAACACUACGGUCUGAGGCUAAUGGGCUACAAUAUUCUGGACUCGAACCUCUAUAAGGCUCUGUCCCUCUUGUAACAUACUUUUUAACACUAAUAUGUAAAGUAAUUUUCUACUAUAAAUUUAUAAA